CAGUCCCUCGCUUCCGGUAAUGCCUCCUUUUCGGCAGCGGCUAUUUCCUCGCCAACAUGCCACUCGCAAAAGACUUGUUGCACCCAUCCCCUGAGGAGGAGAAGAGGAGGCACAAGAAGAAGCGUCUAGUUCAGAGCCCCAACUCUUACUUUAUGGAUGUGAAAUGUCCAGGAUGCUACAAGAUCACGACGGUGUUCAGCCACGCGCAGACGGUUGUGCUGUGUGUGGGCUGUUCGACAGUCCUCUGUCAGCCCACUGGAGGCAAAGCCCGCCUCACAGAGGGGUGCUCAUUCAGGAGGAAGCAGCACUAGCUGUUCUCCCCGGAGCUGAACGGGAGAGGAGGGGAUGGACCGGUUGAUAUCAGCGUCUUCUACGCUAUCUGGAACGAGACCCGAAGACCGACUGGACAGUAGAUUGAUUCCUGUUUCACGUCGACAGAUCGGAUGUUGCUGUAACUCCACCCUCCAACCCUGUCUCUCUAAAUAAAAUAUUGUUUUGGCUAAA